AUGGUGAUGGGCACUUCUGCAGAGCGAGGACAGACACGUCUUUAUGUGCGUAUGGAAGGUCUUCCUCCCUUCGCCUUGAUUGUGAGCGAGGACUUGUCACCUGAAGCACUAGAGUAUGUUGCACGGCAAUACGUGCGCAAUCGAUACGGGUCGGGGGCUGGCACGGACCAUCUGUUGGUGCGGCGCAUUAACUUUGCAGGGAGUGAUAAGCUGAUGGAUUUUGCUAAAGGGGAGAAGACGCAUUCAAUUGUCAAGCCUCUCGUUAACAAGACGUUGGCGGGAACGUCGACCGACCAUAUGGGGAAUAAUUUUGCGUUUGUGAAGACAUUACCGGCUUACCAUGGCUCCGAAUCUCCUGAGGCCAUUCGCGGGUCCUACCGAACAUCGGAUGCACCAGUUUUGAAUGAGAACCUUCCAGAAGUCUCAGAGGGUGGCGGUGCUGCCGCUUUUAUUCCCUCUUCCACAUAUAUGUCGUUUAUAGGUUUUUCUCGUCUAGUUCGGAUGAUGACGGAUCCACACAAUCCCCAGCGGGAUUUGUUUACCCGCGUUGUCCUUCUGACGUAUCGUCAGUUUGCAACACCGGAGGAACUCUUGGAGCAGUUGAUUGAGCGUUAUGAGGUCCCGGCCCUCUCAAGGCCUGGUGAGAGCGAUCGAAGCCCUUUGGUUCAUCAAUUUUACAUGGAACUGCGUCGCGAUAUUCAACGCGCCGUGUUUAAUGUUUUGGAGUUAUGGGUUGAAAAUUACUACGAGGACUUUUCCAAUGAUGUACUGUUUCGUCGUCUAGUCGCAUUCUCCAAGGAGAAGAUAGACCAGUCUGGAGCCCCCGCGGCGCUGUUGUCGCUGAUGGCAAAGGGCGACCGAACUGCACUGAAUAGUAGUACGCCAACCGUUCUUCCGGGAGUACCCAGAGGAGGUGAAACACCGACCGCCGUGUUGAUUCAGUACUCACCACGAGAAAUUGCCGCCCAGCUGACAAUUUUAACGUCUUACGUGCAUCGCCAACUUAAAGGACCUGAGCUUCUUGGACAGCGUUGGAAUGCGGAUGAAGCAAGCUCCAUAAGGAACUUUAUUCAAUAUAGGGAUUUUUUUUCUUCUGUCAAUAAUUGGGUGUCAUACGCCGUGGUUUCUGAGAGGGAUUUGUCACAGCGGUCCAAAAAUUUGGAUUUGUUAAUGCUCGUGUGUGAUGAACUUAUCAAGCUACGGAACUGGGACAUGCUAGUUGCUCUCCAUGGUGGAAUGAGGGCGCCAGCAGUGAAGCGAUUGAGCCGGACGUGGGCGUCUCUUUCCCGCGAAACCGCAGAACUUUUCACUCGACUGCGAAAAAUGCUGGGUUCUGAUGCAGACCACAAAACAUUUAAGGAAACAAUGCGAAAAGGGAGUCGCUUGCAAUUUCCGUGCGUCACCAUAUUUCUUCAGGAGAUGAAGGUGUUGGAAGAGAGCAAAUGCUUUCAAGAAGGCCUUGUGAAUUUUGGACGUUGCUUGCAGCAAUACCGUCUCCUGCAGACUCUUCUUCAGGGCAAGGAAGUAAGGGUUGACCAUUUGAUGCCUAAAAACGAGUUGAUGGGAACAUUUUCCGCUUGGGUCCCUGUGGAUGCAUCUCUCUUGAUGCAGCUCUCUGAGGAGGCGGAGAAGCCGUAG